UCAUUGUCAUAUUACCGGAAACUUCGUUCAACACCUCCUUUGGAAGACGCGUUUGCCGGGUUCGCCGGUAUCUCUAACUUUCAUUAUUUGUGUAGUAGUGUUUAUUUUUCAGAAUAUAAGUGCAAAUGGCACCACGAACAGUAAAGGCUAAGAAAGCUGCUGAAGUUAAAGCUACAGACAAUGAAGCACCUAAGAAAGGCAGAGGUAAAGCAAAAACAGUAGUAGAACCUGAGCUACAAGAAGAUGAGAAAAUUGAAAUUAUUGAAAAAAAGUCAAAACGUGGUAAGAAAUUGGAUAAUAACGAUGAAGAGAAAGCUAAUGGUGUGAAUGAAGAGGCUGCACCGCCUGCCAAGAAAGGAAGAGGGAAGAAAAAUGCUACACCAGUUGAAGAGAAACCUAUUAUUAAUGCUGAUAACUCUGCUGAAGAGGCUGGUACUCCUGCAGAAGAAAAUGAACAUAAUGAUGAAGAUGCAGACACUAAUGGACAUGCAGAAGAGGUCCCACCCACAGCCACUAAGGGACGCAAGAAGGCUGUAAAAAAAGAAGUUGCAGAAUCAAAACCUAAAGGGAACACCCGAGCUAAAAAAGUGACCAAAGAAGAAAGUACUGAAAGUCAACCAGCUAAGAAAGAAACAGAGGAAAAGCCUAAAGGAAGGGGCAGAGGCCGCAAAGUACAACCUAAAGCAGAAUCUGAAGAAAAGUCUGAUAAUGAAGAAGAGCCUAAACCUGAGCCAGCUGAAAAACCUGCAACUAGAGGAAGGAAAAAGGCUCCAACAAAAGCUGAGAAGGCAGCAUUGGAGGCAGAAAAGUUGGCCAAAGAAGCUGCAGACAAGGAGUCAGAAACUAAUGAAGAGAUUGCUGAGACUGAAUCUAUUGAUAGUAAGACUGAUGAGAAGGGUGAAGGUGAUGCUAAAGUUGAUAAUGAACCCAAAAAGGGUAAAAAAGGUGGAAAGAAAGCUAAAGCCAAAGAAGAGCAAGUUGAUGAUGCUCCAGAGGAUAAGAAAAAUCGGAAUGGAGAUGCAAAAGAUGAUGAAGAAAUGGAAGUAGAGCCAGUAGCUAAACCAACAAAAGCUAAACGGGGUCAAAAAAAGGCAGUAGAGAAACCCAUUGAGCCUGAAGAUGUCCCCGAUACUGGGGAGCCAACUUCCAAGCGCAGGCGUAAAGCUGCUGACGACAAGGUUGAGGACACUAAAAAGAAGGUCAACAAAUCAGCAACUGAUUAUGAGUCUAUAGACUUUUCAAAUACGUCCAAAAACACACAGGAUAAAGAAUGGAAUUUUAAAAUUUCCUGUUGGAAUGUGGAUGGCAUCAGAGCAUGGUUAGGGAAAGGGGGCUUAGAUUAUAUAAAGUACGAGAAACCGGACAUACUUUGCCUGCAAGAAAUCAAAUGCGCGCGUGAUAAAUUACCAGAUGAAGUUACGAACAUUCCUGGUUAUCAUGCUUAUUGGUUAUGCAGCGACAAAGAGGGCUAUGCUGGAGUAGGAAUAUAUACAACGAAGCUUGCAAUGAAUGUGCAAUAUGGUCUACAAAAUGAGGAGCUAGAUGAUGAAGGCCGAAUAAUAACGGCAGAAUAUGAACAAUUUUAUUUAAUAUGCACAUAUGUACCAAACGCUGGUCGAAAAUUGGUUACAUUACCUAAAAGACUGAAGUGGAAUGAAGAAUUUCGGAAACACGUGAAGGCGCUGGAUGAAAAGAAACCUGUAAUUAUAUGUGGCGAUAUGAAUGUAUCACAUAAUGAAAUAGAUUUAACCAAUCCAAAAACAAAUAAAAAGAAUGCUGGAUUCACGGAAGAAGAGCGUGCCGGUAUGACCCAGUUACUUGAAGACGGAUUUGUGGACACUUUCAGACACCUUAAUCCAGAUAAAACUGGUGCUUACACUUUUUGGAGCUACAUGUUUAAUAGUCGAUCAAAAAAUGUUGGAUGGCGUCUAGAUUACUUCAUAAUGUCUGAAAGACUUCUGCACUCUCUCUGCGACAGUGUCAUCAGGGACAAAGUGUAUGGGAGUGACCAUUGUCCUAUUAGUCUCUUCCUUCAUCUUAGUACUGCUGACAAACCCAAGGAAUAACUGACUAGUAAAAUUAAUUAUAAGUGUUUUUCAAACUUAAUAGUAAUUAUGUGUAAUUUAUAAGUCUUAAAAAAAACAAUAUAAGUAAUGAAAAUAAAAACAAUGUUUAAAGAAUUAUCACAAAGGUAUAGUAGGCACGAUUUGUUGAUCCCCAUAUUUCUUAUGCACUGAGCAACUAAGUACAUAUCUAUACAUAUAAUAAAUCUGUAGAAGGGUCAAUUCUGUACAUUGAAAAUAUUGAAAAAAAAUUGCAGGGGGUGUUACUGGACACCAAACCCAAAUAU